AUGGAGAGUCAUGCUAACUUGGAUAUGCCUAUUUCUGGAGGAGCUCCAGGUGGUUCUAGAUGGAACCCGACAAAGGAGCAAAUAGAUAUGCUUGAAAGCUUGUACAAGCAAGGGCUAAGGACUCCAAGUGCAGAGCAAAUACAACAGAUCACUAACAGGCUAAGAGCUUAUGGGCACAUUGAGGGCAAGAAUGUGUUUUAUUGGUUCCAGAAUCAUAAAGCAAGGCAAAGGCAGAAGCAAAAGCAGGAUCAUGUUUCACCUUUCAAUCGCUUUCUUCAUAAGACCGCCUCUGUCCUUCCAUCUUGUACCAAUGUUCUUUGCAGCCCAUAUUACAUGCCAUAUCCGGAAACGGGGUUAUGUCAUCAGCAGCAGCAAUUAUCCAAGGUGCUUCUUCCAAGAAGCUUCAAGAGGAGGCCAAUUUUGCCAGAGAAACUCGAGAAAAGCAAGCUGCUUGGUAGGGCACUUCAUAAUCAAGCAAAUCAGGAGUCCAAUGAUAUGAUGCAUUCAUUCAGGGCCAAUGGAGAAUGCGUGAUGUCUAACUCAAAGCAAUUUAAUCAAGAGACUUUGGACUUGUUUCCUCAGCAACCAACUGGAACUCUACAAUCAAGAACUGCAGCAGCAGUAGCAAGCUGUUCUUUCCCUUCAAACUAUUUUGGAUAUUCCACUGCUACUCCUUCAACUUCCUCGGCCACCAGAUCCUUUACCGAUAAAGGAGGUUAUGAUGACCAUCAUCCUUUCUUUGACUUCUUAUGUGGAAAUAAUGGUUCAUGCGAUGGUCAUUAGCACGAUGUAAUUUCAGUUUGUGAUUGGCCAUCUGUAAUUUCCUUUUGGCCAAUUUUUGUUUUAA